GCAGAGUCACUUGUCAGACGAUUCGCAGGAAGCUUCAAGUUUGCUUGGUGAUCAAUACGAGCAAGACGGGAAGGGAAAGACGCCUAGAACCGGAAUAAGUAUGGGCCAUCAAUGAAAUGUAAACCUGAAACACGCGUCUGCAAUGAGGGAGUAUGUCGUGCACCGUGAACAUGAGUCAAUGCUUAACUCAUCGCCAAAUUCAUCUCUCAUCGCCUUUGCAAGAACAUGAGUACUGACUCGGGCGACUCCUCUGCAGCUCCAAGGGUUGUCCAUGUAGUACAUGUGACAAAUCCAGAACGCGACAAUCUUUUCCGUGCUACAGCAGUUUCAAGCGAAUUCCUCAAAGCGAACCAGAAGUAUUUUGGCGUACAAUGUACGCAGUGUCAAACGAGAUUGGAGAAACUUUUGAAAUGCGCAAAGUGUAAGAGUGUCUGGUAUUGCUCGAAAGAGUGCCAAAAGAAAAAUUGGCCAAAGCACAAACCAACAUGCCAUGAAGAUGAACGCUCCUCCGGGCUAAUAAAACUCGUACAAAUGAUCACAAUAAAUCCAGUGAUCAUUGGGUACCUCAAAAUUGGUAUCAUCUUCGUCUGCGGCCUGCUCGAUAAUCCCCGAAUCGGAUUCGACACGCCGUUCUUGGCGCGUGUUGAAAUCGCUAUUGAGCCAAGUGACGUUCUUGACUUUGUUGGAUUGUAUCUCAACGACAAAGCUGUCGGGGAGAAGCUUCAAGGAAUGGUGCAAUUCAAUGCAAUCACUCCAUGGAAGAGCCCAAGCAUGCAAGCUCCCCUUACACCGAAGCGACUAAACUUAUGGCGUGAGGCUCGAGCAAGGUGUAACGCAGAGGGUUUCACCAAGGAUUCUGUUGGACUCAUAGAGUUUGUUGGAUGUAGGUCUGCAUGCGACACAGGGAACUCAAUGACCACUGAGUUGCACAUCCCUGCUAUUGCCCUUGCCAUGGCGAGGAGACGCGAGCCUUUCGUAGGCAUUUCUGCUGUUACGGGCAAUCAAAUCAAGAAACCCAUGGGCGCUGCGGCAUGUUUAGAGUUUGUCAACUUGCAUAUUCGUGCGGAUAAGCAGAAUCAGUUGCAUUUACGGACCGAGAUGACGGAGCAAGACAAGGAAGUUAUUCGCGCUGCGGGUCGCAACGAGGAUGCACUUCCCGCUCGUAUUCUCAAAGAGAAGAUGCGAAGAGAACAUCUGUAUGCUAAUUUUGUGUAAAUUGAAGGGAAAUACUGAUACGAGUCAUCAGUGGGCCUUCUCUCCUCCACCUGUGAUUUUCAAGUUACCCUUGGACUAUACUUCAUCUUAUCGACGGGGCCUUACUACUCCGAGUCUGGUUGAAUUUUCCGAAUGUUUCGUAUCUUGUAUCUCUCUGAUCGAAGUCUUGUGUAUGAUGCUCUUCUUUAUCACAUCGACGCGGCCUUACUCAGGUUAAAUAUGGAA